AUGUUUUCCAAGAUCGCAGUCACCGGCCUAGCCGUCGUCGGCUCGGCGGCUGCCGCAUCCGUUAGCUGUCCCGCCGACCUGCCCUACAGCUGCUCGAAUACGACGGUCGUCGAGGACCUCUGCUGCUUCGAAGCUCCUGGCGGCGCUGUACUAUUGACCCAGUUCUGGGAUACCGCGCCUUCCACCGGGCCUUCAGACUCGUGGACUCUCCACGGUCUCUGGCCCGAUAACUGCGACGGAACAUAUGAACAGAACUGCGAUCCCAACAGGGCAUACACCAACAUCACCGACAUCCUGAAGGAGAAGGCCCCCUGCACGCUGAAGGCGAUGCAAGUGUACUGGAAGGACUACAAAGGCAAUGACGAAAGCUUUUGGCAGCACGAGUUCGGCAAGCACGGCACGUGCAUGUCGACGCUGGAACCCCAGUGCUACUCCAACUACCAGCCCACGGACGAGGUCGCCGACUACUUCACGCGCGCCGUGGAUCUGUUCAAGUCGCUCCCGACGUACGACUGGCUCGCCGCCGCGGGCAUCGUGCCCUCGUCCACAGCGACGUACACGCUCGCGGCGAUCCAGGCAGCGUUGACGGCGCACCACGGACAAGAGGUAGUCAUCCGGUGCAGCGGCAGCUCGCUGAACGAGCUAUGGUACCACUACCGCGUGCGGGGCUCGAUCCAGAGCGGCGACUUCGCCCCGGUGGUCCCGGUGGGUUCUGGAUCAACCUGUCCGAAGACAGGAAUCAAGUACCUCCCCAAGUACGCGGGUUCGACGCCCACCACCACUACCACUACCAAGGGCUCGACGCCGACUCCCACCGCCACUUCCGUGCCGACCGGCGUGCCCGGCGCCCUUGCAGGGAAAGGAUACGUGAAGGUUCUUCCCGACGGCUUCAUGAUCAGCGCAGGCAACUGGUACCGCGCGUCCGGGACGCCAGCGACAUACACGGCGACGCCCAGCGGCGACGGCAAGACCUUCGCGCUGAAGACGAGCAAAGGGCCCUGCCAGAUUCUCGCAGACGCAUCCCUCAGCUGCGCCGCGGGCAACGCCGAGAGCAGCUUCGGGUACGACGGCAAGUACCUCACGUACGACGGCGCCUCGACCUUCUACGUCGCCUCUGCGCCCGGCGGCCAGGACAAGGGUGUCGUUUUCACCACGCAGAAGGCUGUGUCGCUGCAGAUGUACUGGCAGCCGCUGUAA